AUGUCAAUAUCAGUUGACAGUAACAAUCUUAGUUUUGUUAACGAUUUGAAUCCUGGAAAAGAUAUGUGGAAUAUGAAAGCAAGAAUUAUUCGAAAAUGGAAUCAGGGUUACAAGAUGGAUCUCAUCUUCAUUGAUGAAAAGGGUGCUAAGAUUCAAGCAGGUAUUAAGAGUCAUUUGAUACCUGUUUUUGAUGGACAGCUUCAAGAAGAUGCUGUUGUGAUUCUGUCAAAGUUUGGUGUUGGUGAGAAUAAAGAUUUAUAUAAACUAGUAGUGCAGCCUUAUAAAAUCAACUUUUAUAGACGCACAACUGUUACUCGUGUGAGAUAUUGGCAAGGUGUUGAGUAUGGUUUCAACUUCAGAGCUUAUGAAGAUAUUCUUCAAGGAGAGGCGUUAAACGCUUUGAGUGUUGAUGUUGUUGGAUCUGUGAUUUCUUGUGGAGAUCUUGAAAUCUUUUGUCGACCUCCAAAGGAGACUAAGAAAAUGAAUUUUGAUAUUGAAGACUUGGAAAUGUUGGGUAAGGUUUUGCGUUGUACUGUGUGGAAUGCUUAUGCUCUGCAAAUUAAGGACUUCAUUUCUAAAAUCCCACCUCAUGAGCAUGUGAUGGCUGUUAUACAGCAUGGAAAGUGUAAGGAAUGGAAAGGUGAAUAUACUGUUCAAAGUGAUAAGUUUGCCACACGAAUUUUUCUGAAUGAAGAAAUUGAUGAAGUUGAUAAGCUAAGAAGGAGGCAUAUACUGAAGUUUGGACAAGGGAGUGGUCCUACUUCUCAAACGAUACUAUCGUCACAGAGUGUUUUUCCAUUACAUAAAGAAUUUGUAACUGAAGGUGUGAAGAAACAUGUUGAUGAGAUUAGCGAGAUAGAAAAGGAAAUGUCUUGUGUUGUCGUUGCGACAAUUAAGAUUGUGCAAGAAGAGUAUGGUUGGUUUUAUGCUGCCUGUCGUAAGUGUUUCAAGAAGGUGAUGGGUAAAAGUGAAUACUUGGAGAAUGUUGAAAAUGUUUCAGAUGAUAUUGUUCGAUUGCCUGCGACUUCUUUGGAUGAGAGUGGUAGUGUAUCUUUUGUUAUGUUUGAUAGAGAUGUUCAGAAGCUUCUUGGAUUGGCGGCGAGUGACAUAAGAGAGAGGCAGGUUAAAGCCAAUGAUAUUGGAUUCCCUCAUGAGAUAUUUCGAUUGGUUGAUAAGAAGGCUGCUUUUAAGAUUGAUGUUUUAGAGUUCAAUCUUAAAAAUGACUAUCGUGUUUAUACGGUGCAAAAAACAUGUGAUGAUCCAGUAAUAAUUUCUGAGUUGGUUGUGGAGAUGGUUACUCAAGAGGUAGCUGACGUUAAAGAUGUUAACCUUUCAGAAUAUUCCCAGGUGUCUGCUGAACGAACUUUAAGGGAUGUUGUCUCUGUUACGGCCGACUCUUCAGCCGUUGAAGUUGAAAAGGAUUCUGGAUCAAGUCCCAAUGGAAAGCGGAUGGCUCAAGAUGCUGAUGUUGUCAACGUUGAUAUGAAUCUAUCCAAUCAAACACCAUCCUUUUUACAAUUCCUCAAUGAAGAUGAUUUUAUAUUUUUGAAUAUACCACUUGAUUUUCAGACUCUGUUGUGGGGCAAGGAGGUCCCGUAUGGGCAAAUUGUAGAGUUACUUGAUGGUGACAAAUCAUGGUUAGUAAGAGUAAGGAAGAGAGAUGAUCAUUGUAUAUUUACGGAUGGAUGGACAAAGUUUGUUAGAGAUUGUUGUUUGAAAACGAAAGAUGUUGUAUUGGUGAAAGUUAUUUGA